GGUGUGCCACACCCGGUGUGGGAGAUCCACCAUGUCGUCUGGUACCUUCUCAUGGCGCCCAUCUUCUGGCUCGAUAUCAAGAUCUACGGCCAAUGGAUGUCCAGUGGUGAGAGGCGCCUCUCCAAGGUGGCCAACCCAUCCAACCACCUUGCCAUUGUCGGCAACUUUGUCGGCGCGCUACUUGGUGCCAGGAUGGGCCUCCGGGAGCUACCAAUCUUCUUCUUCGCUGUUGGGUUCGCCCACUACGUUGUGCUCUUUGUCACCCUCUAUCAGCGGCUCCCCACCAAUAUGCAACUCCCCAAGGAUCUCCACCCGGUCUUCUUUCUUUUCGUCGCUGCGCCUAGUGUGGCAUCCAUGGCCUGGACGAGGAUCUCUGGCGAGUUCAACGAUGGUGCCAAGCUCCUUUACUACGUCUCACUCUUCCUCUACGUGUCAUUGGUGGUGCGCGUCAACCUCUUUUGGGGGUUUAGGUUCUCGCUGGCGUGGUGGGCAUACACAUUCCCGAUGACAAGUGUUGCCCUGGCGACGGUAUUGUAUGCAUCAGAGGUGGACAACUUGGUGACGCGAGCAAUGGCACUCGGGCUUUCGGGGAUUGCCACCAUGACCAUCAUUGUGGUGCUGGCCGCCACCAUGUACCACGCCUUUGUGCGCGGAGACCUCUUCCCUAAUGAUGUGUCCAUCACCAUCACAAAGCAGAGACCUAAAUUCAGCAAGAUUCUCGCUCACCUUCAGACGUGUGGCUCCGAUGUCAAGGAGCUCGUUGUCUCUAUCCCCAAUUUCAAUUCAAAUUCCAAGCAAGGCGCCUACUCUGACGACUUUGACUCCAAUGCUAGGAUGAACAACUGACUCGAUGAGGGUCCAAUGACUCACAUGCAUGGAAGAGCAUGGCGUUAGAUGGCGCUGGAAGACAUUGUAUGCAUGGAAUGCACGCGCAUCUGGUUUACAGUGAUGAGUACAAACUCAUUUGUACAUAAUUCUUUCUCUGUGUUUGUUGAAG